CAUUGUUUUUGACCAGCGAGCGAGCGCAGUAUUGCAGAUUGAAUUUGAAGUGUUUUUCGCCUUUUUGGGUUAUUAUUACAAAACCAGUGACGAGAUGGAUGAUGACAUUGACCAAGACGUCCCUCAGUUAUUAAAGCAGUGGGGUUUACCCCAAUAUAUUCAUACUUUUCAAGUAAAUGAUAUAACAAUAUCAACCCUGUCAAUGAUAGACAGAGGUCUCGCCAAGGAACUAAUCCCGUCCAUUGGGGAUCGGGCCAAAUUCUUAAAAAAUUUAGAUAACUGGAUCAAAAUAACAAACCCAGAAUGCCCAGAAUUCAGCAGCUGCAGCUCUCCCCCUACAGUUUUUGUAGAUAUGCUUAAUCCCAAACACAAACAAAUAAAGAGUGUGAGUGAAUUUAUAGCCCCUUUGAACAAGAAUAAUACCUCUACCCAACUAAAUGAUUCCAAUUCCAUUAUACCUCCUACCAUUGGUGAGAAUGAGGAGGCUUGCUCUAGUGUGGAUCUGGAUAUGACCAUUUGUAAUGAAGAUGAAUGUCCGCCGUUGAAAAAUCUACUCUUAAAAUCGAAUGAAGGACAAGGCCUGCUAAAUUUAUAUUCAGAACAAGGCAAAUUAUCAAAUAAUGGGCGAAGAAAAGUUUGCAAUAUAAUAAUAAAAGACCUAAUGCAAUCAGACCCAAAUAAAAGAAUAGACAGUUCUCUACUUCUUACAAAAGCACAAGACAUAACUGAAGUAUUCAAAAAGGAAAAUAUAAGUACUUACUUUAUUCCAUACAUUAAUGAUACUAAACUUAAAAUAAAAAGAUGUGCAAAAGGCAAAUUAUAUGACUGUCUACAAAACAGGCGCCGCGAAUUAAGGGAGGCUAAGGUUAUUAAAAAGAAAAAUGGCAGCAACAUCAACAAUAACAGCAACGAGCCAGAAGUCGUCGAAGAAGAUGGUGGUGCAGAUGAAGAUAUCCAGUGGCUCCAAAACUGUACAGAACCCUGGCAUUUAGUGAUAGAGAAGUGGCAAAAAACUUCCAAAAAUAGAUUGAAGGAAAUAGAGACUUCAGAAAUGACCAUCGGAGCAUACAUUAAUAAAUAUCCAGUGUUAAAAACGCCACGCGGGCAUGAGCUUCUUAUUGAAGAUUUUCAAUUUUUAUACCCAUUGUCAGGGAAUAAAUUAUUUGAAAUAUUCCCAACAAUAAAAAAUAAUAUAUUCAAGGUGGCUCUAUCUAAAACCCAAGUUACUGAAGUAAAAGAAAUACUGGAACAACUACAGCUUCUAAACAAAAAUGAUGAACAUUAUGAGGAAGUUGAGUCAAUACUAGCGUUCAUGCUGUUGCCGCUGCUCUUGGAAAACCCAACACACAGAACCAAGAAACAAGUGUGGCGGCCAUCCAAAGCUGAAGUAAAGGACGGCUUCAUUACACACGUGCUGAGACCAAUGGCUGUGGGAAUGAGGCUAGUGUGAACAGGCUCUAAUAGGGCCCCAUACUUUACAAGUUGAAUGUAGAAAUGAUAAGUAUAAGGGACGUCGACGCUGAAAAGACGCCUGAACGGGUAGCAUGAUCGCGCGAAAAGUGAUAAAACAUCUCCCUAUCGCACUAUUAGUAAGUGCGAUAGGGACGGAUGUUUUAUCGCGCGAUCAUGCUACCAAUGCAGAUGUGAGGGGCCGUAAUGUGUAAGUGUAAUUUCUACGGACCAAUGAUUGUGAUGAUUAUAUUAAAAUAAAUGUCAUUUUUCUCUGUA